AUGGCUGCACUAUCUCCGAUGGCAUUGCUUCAGCAAUCCUUCAACUUCCUCCAUCAGCCCGAGCUGGUCGAGCCUCAGAGACGUGUUAGGUCUUUCGGGUCACGGACCAGCUCCCGGUCUAGUCCCACUGGCCGUUCCAGGACUCCAGAUCGGGAGAGUGAGCUGUUUGAUCUCACUCCUAUCCAACAGGAGAUUCUGCUUUCACUUGGUCCUCAGACAGCAUGGACGUCCUUCAGCUUCGAGGUGCCUGAUCAAAUGGCCUUCAGCAUUGACCGGCUGCGGAUGACUUGGCAAGCCACUGCCGCUCACCACCCAAUCCUUCGCACGGUCAUUGUCGCGAGUGAUGAUGGCGCUGGCUCACCCCGUCAAAGGGUGGUGCGCCAGAUUCUUCCCAUGGGCUUUGGAGCCUGGGAGCCGGUCACCAAGACUGUUCCCUAUCUCGUCUAUGAGGAGGGAAGUCAGACCGGUCCUUCUCUGACCCUCCACUACCACCGAGCCUUGAUCGAUAACAAAUCCCUUACCCUCAUUCGCGAUGACUUCGAGCUGUUUUUCCAGGGGUAUGCCUUCCCUACUCGUGUCCCUUUCAGCAGCUACGCCAAGUCUAUCACCGACUCCCGCCAGAGUGAUGCCCGUGCCUUCUGGAACAGCUAUUUGGAAGGAUAUCAGGCCAAGAUUUUCUCUACCUCGUCAGUUUCCCCGGUGGAAACUGUGCAACCUGGAGAUGUUGGCCUGCUGGGACAGGUCGAGGACUUUGCUCAGGAUUAUCAAGUAUCCAUGGACACUGUGUUGAUGGCCGCCUGGAUUGUGACCACCUCACGCCACCUUGAAUCUCAUGAUGUUGCAUUCUAUACCAGGCUCCGUGAUACUGGUCUCGACUCGACUGAGUACAUCGUUGGUCCCAUGGAAGUCACUGCUCCCCUUCGUGUCAAGACCGUGGCGAAGGAGCCUGUCCUUCAAUUCUUGCACCGCUUGGAAGACGAGGAAGAAAAGGGCUCUGGACACACAUUCAUCGGUAGUCAAGGCAUCGCCGAUAGUAUUCAAGCUAAGGAGGCCAUCCAGUUCGCAUUUUCUGUCCUGGAAUCGGAUGUUGCCGUGCCCGCCGCUUCCCCCUCGAACAACUUCGCCAUCCAAGUUAACUUCAUGGCGGCCAGUGGCCUGCUGGUACUGAAACAUGACCAAAGUAUUCCUGCUGCUCGGGCCAAUAUCUUCUUGCAGCACUUUUGGGAAGCAUUGCGGCAACUCACUCUAGACCCAUAUGCUCCUCUGCAAAGCAUCGGCGUGGUUUCGGAGGCUGAAACGGCUGCUCUGUCCGGCUUCCACGCCACACACUCCAAUAUCUCGCCGCGCCUGGUUCACGAUCUUAUCCAGGAACAGGCCCUGCAAAACGGGGCCGCUACCGCAUUGCAAUUCGAGAUGACUGAAAGCUUGAGCUUUUCGCAGCUCAACCGGGCGGCGAACCGCGUUGCUCGCCAACUUGUGGCUCAAAUGCCGUCGAAGUCAGCAUUCAUUCCCGUGCAUAUGGAUGUGUCAGUUAACAUGGUCAUUGCCCUGUUGGCCAUCCUCAAGGCAGGCGGUGCCUAUGUGAUUCUGGAUCCUGCUCAGCCCACCUCUCGCAAGGAAUAUAUUCUCCACGACACCAACGCCCCGUUCUAUAUCACCGCUAACGACGGCGUGGAGGUGAUCCCCGGUACCAAGGCUCUCUUGAUUGAGGAUUUGGCACAGAGUCCUUUAGGCAAGGAUGGCGAAGCCGAUCUGAACCUUGCUUUGGACACGGAGAGUCCGGCGUAUAUAAUCUAUACUUCUGGGUCUACCGGCAAUCCCAAGGGAGUGGUUCUGAGCCAUCGUGCUGCAUCGACUGGUAUCCUCUGUGCCCCAACCAUUCCCAACUACCGGAACCUGCUUUUUUACAAUCCUGUCUUCUCUGCCGCGCAGAGAACGAUUCUCUCAACACUGUCCAAGGGCGGCUGUCUCUGCCUUGCAAGUCGCUCCAAGCUCCAGCUGUCCCUCUCGUCCCUGGUUAAAGACAUGCAGGUCAACACCUUGGGUAUCACCUCGUCAACCAUUGCUCUUCUGGACCCGGACAAUACCCCGACCCUGCAGCGAAUCACCCUCACAGGUGAAGCACCUGAUCCUUCGAUUGUUGCCCGCUGGACGGCCAAUGUCGAGCUGAGAAACAACUACGGUUUGAGCGAAUGCACUCAGCUGAACUGGGGUCGUGCGCUUUCGACCUCCUCUGAGCUCUCUGCUAGAAAUGUUGGGUUCCCAGCCGACACCACUUCUGCCUUUGUUCUCGAUGCAGAUUCCCACCAGCUGACCCCAUUUCUCAUCCCGGGUGAACUGUGUCUACAAGGCCCACAGCUGGCAAGUGGAUACCUCAACCAGCCAGAGCUCACAGCCAAGGCAUUCAUUGACAGUCCCUUCGCGCCGGGCCAGAAGCUCUACCGCACCGGUGACAUGGCUGUCCGUCUCGAAGACGGCAGCAUCGAGAUCAUUGGUCGUCUCGACUUUCAGACAAAGAUCAACGGCCAGCGCGUCGAGCCGGCAGAGAUCUCAGCGCUCCUGCAGAAGGAUAAUGAUGUGGUCGCUGCUGCCGUUGUUGCUGCCACUGUGGAAGGCGACAAGGCCCUUGUCGCCUGCAUUGUUCACAGACACGAUGACGAGGUUUCUUGGCCGCAGCGCGUCAAGCAUCUCCGCAAGGUGACCCAGGAUAAUCUUCCAGCAUACAUGACCCCGGCGUACUGGCUCUCUCACGAUGCUUUGCCGCUGAACCAGAAUGGCAAGGCAGAUAUCCUGAGUCUCCGCCGACACAUCGAGUCCAUGACUCGGUCUGAGCUUAUUGCUGCCAGUUCCAUCGCUGAAGAGGACACUGGUCGUGCGCUGUCAUACCAGGAGGCGGUGCUGCAAUCUGUGUGGGCCAGUGUUCUCCAGCUGCCCAUCGAGGUUGUGACGCCAAGUCGGUCCUUCCUUUCGCUCGGGGGCGACUCCCUCAAGGCCCUCCAGGUCAUCUCGGAGUUGCUCUCGCAGAACUUCGUGGCCGAACUGGGCGAUUUACUGCGAUCUGACUCCCUGGUUACUGCCGCAUCACUGUUGAAGGUGCAAGACGGCGAAAAUUUUCAGCCGCCCGCGCCAUAUAGCCUUGUGCCUGCCGGAACAAUUGUCGAUCAGGAGACGUAUGAGGAUCUUUAUCCUAUCACUCCCCUGCAGGAAGGAAUCAUCUCUGCCCAUCGUACUGCUGGCGGAUAUGUCUACCACAGGGUUUACCGCAUUGAUGAUGUCGACAAGCAACAGUUGCAAAACGCCUUUCAGUCCGUCAUCGAUGCAAACCCUAUGUACCGUACUGCCUUCAUCGAGAACGGCACAACCCUGCUGCAGGCGGUCCAUAAGAGCUUCCAACUUCCCUGGCAGACGCUGGACAAUCUCUCGGUGGCGCAGUACUUGGAGCAAGAUAGCCAAUGCCUGCAAGACAUUGAUAUCACCAAGCCUCCGGUGUAUGCAGCUGUCGUGAACAGAAACGCACUGGUGAUAACAAUGCAUCAUGCUCUUUUUGACUACUGGUCAUCCCGUUUCCUAUUUGACGACGUUGCCUCCACCUAUCUGCAGCACAGCGUCGCUCCUCGGUCCUCUUUCAAUGUCUUCGUCCGCCAUCUGCAGCAGAACCUGGACGAGAAGAUUGCUGCGCAGUUUUGGUCCGAGUAUCUCAAGGAUGCGGCACCAACUCGUCUGGCAACUGGAGGGGAAUUCAACGCCGUGCAGCGCACAGUCAAUCAGGAUCUUCGGGCAUUCACCACUUCCACCGGUCUUUCCCUUGGUGCUCUCAUGUAUGCUGCCUGGUCGGUCAUCUUGUGGAAGCACACUGGUAACGCGGACAUCACUUUUGCCAUUACCCUGUCCGGCCGUGAUGCUCCCAUCCAGGGUGUGCAGGACCUCAACGGACCAACUCUGACCACUGUUCCAAUCCGUGUCAAGCUCCAGCCCAGCAUGACCCUUGUCGAGGUGGUCCGCUCCGUUCAAGAUGAGCUUUGGAAUGUGGCACCUCACUCGCAAUUCGGUCUUCGCCGCGUCUUGCAGGCAUCGUCCAAGACAGCCAACUUCUUCGACUCGAUGGUCAACUUUCUCAUCAAACCCGAAGCUAGUCCCGCAGCGGAGGUCUUCAAGCCGUACGCGGACCGCCCCAUCUGGCAGACAGGAUAUACCUCGCUGGAGCUGGAGGAGAGCGGCGAGGGCGAUUUUGAUCUGCGGCUGUCUGGCUUUCUGGAGACCGUGCGAACGGGCUUCAUCGCAGACCAGGUCGUCAAGCUCCUCGACACGGUCAUCUCGAGCAGUGGCAGUAUGUCCCUGCGAGAUCUUGACAUUGUCACGGACGCUGAGGCGCUGUAUCUACACUCCCUUUCCAAGCCUGUUACUCCCACUGCGCAAUUCCUGCACCACGGCUUCGAGGAAAUUGCGGCGGCUGCUGGAGAUCGCACCGCCAUUGAGUUCUUCGGCGACAGCGAGCCGGUCUCUUACGCCGAGCUGAACAGGCGUGCCAACCAACUCGCCAGAUAUCUCAUCGACAACGGAGUUGGUCCUGAUACCCUUGUGCCCCUGUGUCUGCCCAAAUCUGUGGAGAUGAUUUCCACCAUCCUGGCCAUUCUUAAGGCUGGCGGUGGCUUUGUCCCGCUGGAUUCUGACAACCCGCCGGAGCGCAACAAUUUCAUUGUCAAGGACGUCGCGGCUACCAUGGUCCUGACCGAUGAGAACCUGCGCGGCAUCUUCGACGAGGCGGGUGCUGAGGUCCGUGUUGUCGACGUGUACAACGUCGAUUUGUCUGGUUACUCUGAUGCUAACGUCGCGCUCGACCAUCUGGAUCCUGGGCAUCUUGCAUACGCCAUCUAUACCUCCGGUUCGACUGGUCUUCCGAAGGGUGUGCUAAUCCCUCACGGCUCCAUUGCCGCCGGUAUUGAGAGUAUCAUUGAAGCCGAGCAGUGGCAGCGGGAAUGGCGCGUCCUGCAAUUUUCCAACUACGUUUUCGACGUCUCUGUCGGUGAUAUCUUCUGCACACUUACCACCGGUGCCACACUCUGCAUGGCCCCAAUGGAAUCUCUACUCUCGGAUCUGGCGCAGGUUAUCAAUGAGAUGCAGAUUGACAGGCUGUUCAUCACCCCCACAGUGGCCAAGCUCAUCCAACCAGUUGAUGUUCCCGGCGUCCAGGGCCUAUACCUCGCCGGUGAGCCUGUGACGCCCGAUCUCGUUGAAAUUUGGACUCCGCACUGCCUGGUGAUGAACUGCUACGGUCCAACUGAGGCUUCAAUUCUCGCUGCUGCAGGCGCCAUUGAGCAAGGCGGCAACAACCGUGUCAUCGGCCACCCACUCAAGAAUUGUGUCUCCCUCAUCGUCGAACCAGACAGUCUCCGCCUCGCUCCGUAUGGCGCCAUCGGUGAGCUGUGUCUGGCUGGGCCUCAACUGGCCCGUGGUUAUCUCAAUCGUCCUGAGGCAACUGCUAAGGCCUUUGUGACGCGCGGCGAUGAGCGCAUCUACCGCACCGGUGAUCUGGCCCGCUGGCUUGAAAAUCACCGCAUCGAGUGCUUCGGUCGCAAGGACAGCCAAGUCAAGAUCAACGGCCACCGCAUCGAGCUGGGCGAGAUUGAGAGCGCCGUCCUCAAGACUAACAAAGUGCACCACGCUAUUGUCACGGUCGUCGAGAUCCAGAAGAAGGCCCAGCUCGUCGCCUUCUGCGUCGUUGACCCGGCCAACCCCCAGGCUAUCCUCCCCGCGCAAGAGUACCUCGAAACCCUCACAACCGUCAGCAUCAGUCUGACCUCGCUGCCACCUUACAUGGUUCCCACUAUCUGGAUCCCUAUGGGCACGUUGCCUCUGCUUCCGUCGGGCAAGACCAACCGCAAGAAGCUGGUUGAGUGGGUACAGACCAUGGACGCCGAGGAUCUGCAGCAGUACUCUCAGGCGGAUGCGCCAGCCGAGUUCGUCGACGCUGUCACAGUCGAGGAGAAACUGCUACAGUCGCUGUGGGCCAAUCUCUUCAACAAGGAGGCUGGUGAGAUCAGCGCCACGAGCCCCUUCUUCGCUCACGGCGGUGACUCGAUCUCGGCCAUCAACCUGGUCAGUCAUUGCAAGCGCCAGGGAUACACCCUGGCGGUUAGCGAUGUCCUGGCAUUCCCCCUCUUGCAAGACAUGGCUUCGCGCAUGCGGCCAGUCAAGACCAAGAGCAAGACUGCGGUUGAGGAGACAAUUGCUGUGGACGUGCCUGCGUCGGUGUGGGAUGCGCUGGACGGUGCUGGACUCCAGAAGGCCGAUGUCGAGAAGAUUUAUCCUGCUGUCGCCGGUGUGGAGGACUUCCUGGUCCGUGGCGCCAAGAAGGAGCAGUUCUGGCAGUGCCAGACCGUGCGUCCGCUACCCGACGUGCUUGACUUUGAGCGCUGGAUUGAAGUGACCACCGAGCUCACUGCCCGCAAUGAGAUCCUUAGAUCCAUGUGGAUUGAGGCGAGCAACCAGUGGUUGCAGAUUGUGCUCACGAAGCCCAUUCUGGAUCUCAAGACCAUCGCCUGUGCCUCCGAGGAAGACAAGCAGGCGCAGAUUAACCUCGCGUGGGACACUCCGUUUGAGGUGAGCAACGGCACGCCGUUCAUCCGAUAUCGACUCUUCACGCUGCCCGACGGCUCGCGCGACCUCUACCUCAAGAUUCACCACGCCAUGUACGACGGCACGCUGCUGCGCAUCUUCGACGACGAGUUCAAAGCCCUCUUCAAGCGCCACACCCCGCCACCUACUGUCUCGUUCCACGACUACGUCCAGUACAUGCAGGGCACCGACAAGGCCAAAUCCCUCGUCUUCUGGACCGAUUUACUCAAGGAUAGUCCUGCCCCCUAUCCUGCUGCGUGCAACCCCGUCGCCUCAACCUUCACUCUCGCUGCGACCGACCGCCGCGUCGACUCCUUCGCGGCCAACUGCGGUGUCACCGUCCCCAUCGUCUUCCAAACCGCCUUCGCCCUGCUCCUCUCCCGCCUCAGCAGCAACCCCGACGUGACCUUCGACAACCUCAUCACCGGCCGCAACGUCGACAUGGAAGAAGCGCAGAGCAUCGCUGGCACCUGCGCCAACUUCCUCCCCUUCCGCAGCACUUUCGACACUGAAACCAGGAUCCGCGACCUGCUCAAAUCCACCCAGUCGCUGUUCUGGAAGACCACGGAGAACGGCAACGUGAGUCUCAACGACGUCUAUGGCGCGCUGGGGCUCGAGCGCGAGCAGUCCUGUGCCAGGGCACUCUUCCUCUUCCAGCCCUUCGACGCGCCCCCGCCCACCACCAACGUCGUCGAGAAGCACAUGCGCUGGAUGGUCAUGGCGCUGAGCAAGGUGCGCAUGCCUAUUGAUUAUGCGCUGCAUCUGGAGGUGUCCAAGACGCCCACUGGGUAUAAUCUCAAGUGGAAGUAUGAUCCGCAAGUGUAUCCGGUGGAGGAGUUUGAGGCGGUGAUCAAGAACUUUGCAGAUAUUCUGGAGAAGAUGAUGGAACAUUCCCGUAGUACUGUUGUUUCGAUUUUGUGA